ACUAAUCGUUCACUCAUACAUCCUCAUCACGCACACUUUCGGCUACAUAGGCAUGAGAGGAGAGCGGCCUCCCCAGCCACCCACUCCUUAUUGCUAUAACAACCAAAGGCGCGGUCAAGCAGGCAGCGUGACUCAAUAGAAUAGCGUUUCAAUUCAGACGGACACCGACCGACCCCUCCAACGGGUAACUGUCAAGUAAACAUAGUCUACACAGAAUCUAGAGAGCUAUAGUUAAUUGUUGCAAAGCGAAUGAGACAGAAUAGCGAAGGAGCUCCCGGUCUGUUACGUGAAGAUUAGACUAGUGUUAUAACCUGUAGGUAGGCUGCUACUGGUGGUAGGGCUGUAGCCUACUGGAGAGUAGGACACCUUUGCUUUCGCAGCGCAGCGUUUGUAUGGAUGGGCUGAGUAAAGCAAGGUUUAAAACUAACUGGGCGACAAUCAGGAAGAAACCCUAUUCAGUCCUACUUUUUUUUUUGUCGACUAGAGACGGGGCACCAUCCCCACUGAGUCGGCUCGAGAAGGUGACAUUCUUUGUGAAGCGGUACCUCUAAUCUUCUCACGUCUGUCUUCCCCGGUGACGACAUGGCGAGUGAGAACGGACAGUCUGGGGGGGGAUCUUGGAAAAAGAAUGUCGAUGAUAUCAAGAAGGUAUUCGAGUUCAAAGAAGUCCUUGGAACUGGUGCAUUCUCGGAAGUGGUAAUGGCCAGGGAGAAGACCACAGGGAAGAUGGUUGCAGUGAAGUGUAUCCCUAAGAAAGCACUGAAGGGGAAGGAGACCAGCAUCGAGAACGAAAUCGCCGUGCUAAGGAAGAUAAAACAUGAGAACAUUGUGGCUUUGGAGGACAUCUAUGAGAGCCCCAACCACCUAUACCUCAUCAUGCAGUUGGUGUCUGGGGGUGAGUUGUUUGACCGCAUUGUAGAGAAGGGCUUCUACACAGAGAUGGAUGCCAGCAGACUCAUUAAACAGGUGCUGAAUGCUGUCAACUACCUCCACGACAUGGGCAUCGUACACAGAGACCUCAAGCCAGAGAACCUUCUCUACUACAACCCCCAUGAUGAGGCUAAGAUCAUGAUCAGUGACUUUGGUCUGUCUAAGAUGGAGGGGACAGGAGAUGUGAUGGCUACAGCCUGUGGAACACCAGGAUAUGUGGCCCCAGAGGUUCUGGCUCAGAAGCCCUACAGCAAAGCAGUGGACUGCUGGUCUAUCGGAGUCAUCGCUUACAUUCUGUUGUGUGGCUACCCUCCGUUCUAUGAUGAAAAUGACUCCAAGCUCUUUGAGCAGAUACUCAAGGCCGACUAUGAGUUUGAUGCACCGUAUUGGGAUGACAUAUCUGACUCAGCCAAACAGUUCAUCAGCUCUCUGAUGGAGAAGGAUCCAGAGAAGAGAUUCACCUGUGACCAGGCUCUAGCCCACCCCUGGAUUGCUGGGGACACGGCUCUCUGCAAGAACAUCCAUGAAUCAGUCAGUCGGCAGAUGAGGAAAAACUUUGCCAAAAGCAAAUGGAGGCGUUCCCUCCCUUCCCCAGCAGUCUCCCUCCCUCCUCCUCUCUCCAGUUAG